AACGUAACGCGGGAAAACCUGGGGCUCAGCCUAGGGUGUGGGCGCGCAGGGGUGGCGGCGGCUCUUCCUCGGGCAUCGCCGGGACCGGGACUACCAGCGGAGUCGGCGCCGUUUCGGAAAGGUGCGAGGAGACUGUGGCUGCUUCAGUCCGGCCACUGCUAUGGCCUGGGGCUGCCGCUGAGUUUGCGAAUCCGAUCGGGGGUGGCCGCGGAGGGGAGGAAGGCACGGAAAACCCGCCGGGAGCUGCCGUCCCCGGCGAUGAGCGGCUGAGGUGGGCCCGAGCGGUGGCCGCUGGACCUCCGUGCCGCUCCACACCUCCUUCCCCAUCCCGGGACGCGGAGUCAGACAGCGAGGCUGAGCCACCGCUCUCUCACCCCGUUCCCGGCGCCGGUGCCCGCGAGGGGUCGGCGAUGGCGGAGCGGCUGCCACCUGGUCCCCCGGUGAUUUUUUGCCAGGACUCUCCGAAGCGCGUCCUGGUUUCCGUUAUCAAAACGACCCCGAUCAAACCAUCCUCACCGGCAGCCGGCGAGGAGCCGGCGCCCGCCCCGCCCGUCCCCAACAGCCCCGGCUUCAGCGACUUUAUGGUCUACCCCUGGCGCUGGGGAGAGAAUGCCCACAACGUGACCCUCAGCCCUGGCGCCGCCGCCGCGCCCCCGGCUCUCCCACCGCCCCUUGGGGGAGCGGGCAGGGCGGUCACCGGGGACGGCGAGCGAGCCGGGAGCCCGGGCGACGGAGGCGGCAGGCACCGGCACCUGAAGCGGUGGGAUAGUGCGGGAUGCCAGCUCCUCGCUGUGUUAAUGCAGGAUGGGCUAAGGCGAGGCCGUCCGAGAGCAGACACCGUCCGCGACCUGAUUAGCGAAGGAGAGCACUCUUCCAGCAGAAUACGCUGCAAUAUCUGCAACAGGGUUUUCCCACGAGAGAAAUCUCUGCAGGCCCACAAACGAACGCACACCGGUGAAAGGCCUUAUUUGUGUGACUACCCAGACUGUGGGAAAGCCUUUGUUCAGAGUGGACAGCUCAAAACCCACCAGCGUCUCCACACAGGGGAGAAACCUUUCGUCUGCUCAGAGAAUGGAUGUUUAAGCAGAUUCACACAUGCAAACCGUCACUGCCCCAAGCAUCCGUAUGCCCGACUGAAGAGGGAAGAGCUUACAGACAGGCUGAGUAAGAAGGAGACGGCUGACAAUAAAGCUGUAGCUGAGUGGCUAGCAAAAUACUGGGAGACCAGAGAACAGCGGGCUCCUGCUUUGAAAAGUAAAACAAUACAGAAAACGGAUCAGGAGCAGCAGGACCCCAUGGAAUAUCUUCAGUCUGAUGAAGAGGAUGAUGAAGAAGAGAAAAACAGCGCUCAUUCAGCUGCUUGCCGCCGCCUCCAGGAACAGCGUGAACGCAUGCAUGGCGCACUGGCUCUGAUUGAGCUUGCAAACCUAGCUGUGGCACCGCUGUGACAGUAGAUCGGAACAGUCUGCCUAUACAAAAUGUACUUACUGGUGGUAUUUAACCAGUUAGAUCCUGAGUAUAAAUAAGCUAAGCACCUUAUUUGCUUAUCAUAGGCUGCUAUUCUGUAGAAUUUAUGAAGAAUGUUGUUGCCCCAUUACAUGGGGUGAGAGAAUUGCACUUUUUUUAAGGUAAAAGAUAGUUGUAAAGUUUCUAAGUAUUUUGUAAAUAUAGGAAUGCAUAAUGCAGGGUUGACAAAUGUAUGUGUUGUGGGAAGCUAGAUUUUGCAAGGUUAACUCAUUUAUUUGAAGCAGUUUUCACAGGAAGCACUUUCUAAACAAAGUGUUUGCGAUUAGCAGAAUGGUACACGUGGCCAAAGAAGCCUGACAAAAAAGAAAAGUAUUUAUCUGACUAUUUAAGCAAGUUUAUAUUAAGUGGUAGGUCUGAAGAUGUUAAGCAGCAAUGAAACCGUAUUUUUCUGGUGUGAGUACAUCUUUACCUAGUAUUACUGAGGCCGAAGGCAAAAAGCUUGGUUAUCUCAGCUUUCAGAAGGGAAGAAACUACUUCAUGCAGGAAACUGUAAGAUCAUUAAGGAUCGUCACUGUGACUGCUCAAGGUGUGAGGCUUGACUUUGCUGUUUUACCUUUUCUGAUUUGAUUUCAGCAGAAUCUCUUGGUAGCACUUGUUAAUCCUAACGUGAUGUUAGGAACUUUUGCACAUUGUUGGGUUUAUCUGAAAAUGAUUAGGCUUGCAAAGUCUACACAAAGGUAAAGAAUUGGCAACAUUUUUUUUUUCAGCUAUUUUUGGACCCUGUAGUGAUUUGGCACUUGAAUUUGCUAAAGGGGGUAUUUACAUGGUGGUAUGGAUUUGUAGUAAACUAUUUUAGGAGUCCUAUUAGCAAACACUAAGUUCUAAAGUAUUGCUUUUAUGUGAUUAUUAGCAAAUAGCCUCUGUACUUUCCUUGCAUAAAGCCACCUUAUUGCUUUACUUCAGGAUAACAUGCCAGUUUUGUGUUCACUAACUGUAGCACAGCUAUCAAUUAAACACUGCAGAAAACUAUUCACUAUACAACUAGGAAAUAGACUUCCGAAGAUAGUUACAAAUGUGAUAACAGUGUGAUUGCAUAUAUUUCCCAAAUAAAUGAAGUUGCAGAAUGCUGCCUAGUACUCAGAUGCUGAUAAGAAAUGUUCAGUAGGAUAUCUUGUCACUUCCUGAAUGUUGUAUGCUUUCGAAGAGGAUUGUCUCAUGGUGAUCAUUUUCUGUAUUUUGCUUUGAAGGCAACCAGAGAUUCCUAAUAUGCUAACAAAACUUUUUUUAGUGACAGUCAUUUAAAAUCUGUUUUCAGAUCAGACUCUUUGUUUUGUGGUUUUGUGUGGUUUUUCUGGUUCUAUUCUUGUUUCUUUAAGCUCCUGCUUAAGGGGCUAUUUUUGUAUAUCCCUAUAAAGGGUUAUAAAAAAAUAAGUUGCAUUUACUGACCUGCUUGCUUUAAUUCCUUCCUCUUGUUGAAGGUCAGGAAAUUCAGAUGAGAAGGGAAGUCACUUUCCCUCUUGCUUAUACAAGAGGAAGAAACAAUUUUACCAAUCAUUUGAUAUAGACUGACCAGAUGCAUACAGCUGUUCCAGAAACGUGAGAUUUUACACCAGGAACUGCAACUGUUGGAUCACGUUCUCUAAUAACCUGUUGUGGUUGAAGAUCUCAUUAACCCAGUUUGUUUUGGUUUUAAGUCAUGUAUUGAUGCACUUAAGUAAAGAGUAAUUGAAAAUUAAAAAUGAAAUUAAAUCAUUGAAUGUAAAUAAUUUUGCACCACUGAUACGGUUUAACUUUUGCUUUCAGUUCCUAAACUUAGCAGAUGUCAGGCUCAUUUGUUUCUGUUUAAAGUCUUUCAGGCUUAAAGGUGUGAAACAUUGUAGUCAUUCUAGGCUUCUCAGCCUAUGUAUUAAACUGGUAGUUUGCGUGUGUAGGUUUGGAGCCUCUCAAAUUACGUGCUUUUGAAUGCUUAGUUGGCUGCAUGCAAAUAGUCUGAUCCCAAAAUGAGACCUGAACCUAAAUCUGUUGCACUUCUGAGUCAUAAUUCAGAAUUGAUCUCAUGUAGAAUUUCACAGGGCACAAGACUCUGUAAUUACCAGCCAGUUGCAGACUGGAGUCGUAACUUCAUAGCAUUGAUUCUUAAUAUUUUUUCUUUAGUAUUACUAUUUUUUUCCCAGUCAGCUGUAAUGCUUUGGGCAACUCGCAGAGUAUUUCUUAAGAUCUGACAAGUGCACUGAAUUGUACUUGGCUGUAAGGAAAAUUCAGAAGCAGUUUUGUGUUGUGACAAGUUUUGGGUAAAAUAUCAGGUAAAAAAAAAACCAAAUGUGGAAAACCGCUUUUUGUUUUAUUAAGGAGUGAUUACAUGCAAGGAAUCUUGAAUUGUUCAGUGCUUUGAAAGAUUUAAGUUGUAGUUUGGCAUGACUUAACAGCAGGUGAGUGGAUGUGCUGUCAUUUAAAUAGGAGCUUUGAAUAAAAGCUUGGUUUGAUUUUCA